AUGACAAGUUCACUGAUAAAAAGGAAAUCAGUUGAUGAUAACAAAAUGACAAUUUGCAAGCGCCUAGAACAUCGGCAGGAGUACGAAAACAGAGGAAACGUACAACACACGAAUUUGAAACGGGUUUAUGCGAUAGAUAGGCAAGUAGAUAAAGAUGAGAGAAGGACGAAAAAUAUAAACAAAAAAGUAAGGCUGAUGGAUCUAAAAAUAGGAUAA